AUGAGCAGCCCUUUCGCUGCAAGGGAGCAAUUCUACGAGGACCUGCGCGUCCUCCUGGCGACUGUGCCGAAGGCCGACAAGUUGAUUGCCCAUGGUGAUUUAGACGUCCGCGUUGGCACACACCAUGCUGCCUGGAGAGGAGUUUUAAGUACCCAUGGUCUCGAGGGCUCCAAUGACAAUUGCCUGAUCCUCAUAAGAACCUGCGCAGAACAUCGUCUUAUCUCGGCUAACACCUUCUUCCGUCUCCGUGGGGAACCGAUGGGGUUAACUGCGGGACACAGUUCAGCCGACGGCCCUAGCUUUUGUCGUUCGGGCACGUUGUCAACAUCAAGAUUGGCUCGAUGAAAACGACGCCGCCAUCAGCAACGUACUCGUCGAGGAGAACGGCCUGCACAAAGCCUACGUCACCUGCCCCACCGACGACAACAAAGCAGCCUUCUAUCGUGGUCGCCGCCUUGUGCAACAGAGGCUGCGGGAGAUGCAGCACGCUUGGACUGCUCGCAAGGCCGAGGAAAUCCAAGGAUACGCGGCCCGCAAGGAAUGGAAGAAUUUCUUCGCCUUGAUCAAGGCUGUCAGCGGUCCGCCAACCAAAGCAAUUGCUCCCCCUCUCAGCGCCAACGGAACCACCCCACUCAAUGAAAGGACAUCAAUUCUACAGCGAUGGGUCCAGCAAUUCAGAGGCGUCCUUAACCACCCCUCCGACAUCACCGACGCCGCCGUCGCCUGUCUGCCUCAAGUGGAGACCAACGUCGACCUCGACCUCCUGCCCUCUCUCCACGAAACCAUCAGGCCGUACAACAACUUGAAGAAGGAGACACGAUCGCCGGGACAAGAGCUUUAUUAG